UGCUUUGCUUACUUGUUUACCACUACAAGAAAUGUAUGUUUAUUAAAACAGGGAAACUCCCAUUAACUAACCACGCUGACUUUGUUAAUUUGUCGACUGCAUAAAGGCGAAGAGAUUUGUUUUAUAGUCUCUUUAUUAAAAGGUGACUACGCACUACGCCCUUGCUUAACCCCUCUUAAAACAAGGUGGGGUAUGGUCCAAUCAAUUUCUCAAAACAUGAGUUACUUCUGGACGAAACUAGCCGAAACUGAGCAGAGUUUGAAGGAGAGAAAUCUUCAAAACAUCACCUGUUUAUUCACAAGAGUCUAUAUAAGGGAUAAACAUCAAUAUGAAAACACUUAUGAUGACACGGAGUGGUCAACUUCUUAUGACUCAGAGAAAGAACCAUGUAAGGAUAAUAAUGUGAUGCUUGCAUGCAAACCAUGGACAGACUUUGAAGGUGAAUAUGCAUCAGAUGAACAACUAAUGUUAGAGAUGGGAUUACCAGUAGCUUGGAAACAAACUAAACAACUACCUGAGACCAGUAAAAGCAAGUUUGACAAAUCUUACGACGUUGAAAUUCACGAGGAUAAUCUUGAGAAUGAGUUAUCGGAUUUGGAAAAAGGUUGGCAAGCAUAUUGGAAAGAGAUGGGGCCGGACAUACUUUGGCAAUCAUGGGAGGGAAACAACAUAAGCAACUUAAAUGAGCAAAUCGAUCCAUCUUCCACAUGUUCAUUGGAAAACUCGGUUGCAAAGUUAAACAUUGGAGAUGAAAAUUCACAACAUACAGAUGCAAAACAUCUGGAUUGGCAAUCUCAUUAUGAUUAUCAAUACCAAUAUUAUCGCGAUUGGUACAUGGAAUGGUGCUUGACUUAUCCACAUUCUGAAGAUGUUAAAGCAGAUGCUGAUCAUCAUAUUGACUCUGUACGAGAAUCAAACACAAAUGGUCAGCUAAUAAAUGUUACUUGUUCUGGUGAUUUUAACUCAAACAUACAACUAAACACUGCAACCACUUUGGAAAACCAUUGUGAGCCUUGCAUGGAUGGAGAAAACUCUGGCAAAGCGAAUAAUGCCAAAACUAAUGAUGAUGACAAAGUAAAAUCGAGCCCACCUUCAACACUUGAUGUUCAGCAAUCAACCCAGUUUACUUCAAGAACAACCGCAGGUGAUGAAGAUGAAGAACCAGAUUUCCCAAACAAUCCAAUCUCCCUCAAGCGACCGCAUGAGUUGGAUGCAGAUAAAACAAAUGUUUUAUUCAAGAAAAAAGGAAUCACAGAUUCAUGUGAUUCUUCAGAACAAGAAGAAUGUCCAGAUAUUCAAUCUUUAGAAGAUAUUAAUAUAGAAACUGCAUAUUCUGCCAUGAACUUCAGUUUUAAAUGCAAAGAACCAAAAUUGUCUCCUGCGAAAUUAAGAUACAUGCAAAGAAAAAUGCAGAAUAGAGUUAAGCGAUUCAUGAAACAAUCUUCGGACUCUUCAAAGAAAGUUCGUAUUAAGUUUGAUGAUCAUAACGUUUUAAACACCGGGAAAACAAGUGAACUCCUUGGAAAUGUGAAAGAAUUUUUAAACAAUGCAACUCAACACAUGGAUACAGAAGAUUGUGUAGAACCGAAAGUUGAAGAAGCUUGUGUGGAGGUUGUAGCUGCUCCUGACAAUGAAAAUUUGGUUGACACUUCUAGUUUAAUUGACAGCAGCAUAAGUGACAGUUUAAACACGUGCAGUGCAGAUGUUGAAGAAAGUUUAAACCAAAGCAGUCUUCCUACAACAACAAACAAACACAAAAAGAAAAGGAAGAAGAAAUCAAAAAAAAGAAAUCUCCCAGAGGAAAUUGAGAAUGACGCGUCACUUAAGAAAUACUGGGUCCAACGUUAUAAAUUAUUCUCUAGGUUUGAUGAAGGCAUUAAACUUGACAGGGAAUCUUGGUAUUCUGUGACACCAGAGAAGAUUGCCGAACAUAUUGCGGAAAGAUGUCGUUGUGAUGUCAUAGUUGAUGCAUUCUGUGGCUCGGGUGGAAACGCGAUCCAGUUUGCUUUUACUUGUGAAAAGGUGCUGGCAAUUGAUAUUGAUCCUGUAAAACUGGAGAAUGCCAAACACAAUGCAGCAAUAUAUGGAGUGGAAGACAGAAUCGAUUUCAUCUGUGGCAGUUUCUUUGACAUAGCUCCAACUCUUAAAGCAGAUAUCGUAUUUUUAAGUCCUCCAUGGGGAGGUCCAGAAUACACAAACUGUGAAACUUACAGCAUUGCUGAGAUGGGAGAUUUUGGUACCAAGGCAUUUACACUUGCUAAAAAUAUAUCAGACAAUAUUGCAUUCUUUCUUCCUAGAAACUCAAAUGUUGAUGAGUUAGUUUGCUUGGCCGGACCUGGAAAUCAAGUGGAAUUGGAGCAGAACAUGUUGAAUAACAAGAUAGUUACUAUCACAGCUUACUAUGGUAAAGAACUUAUAGAAUGGGGUAAGGGCAACCAGUUGUUCAAGGAUACAAACAAUCAGUUGAACAUGCUUGAUGACACCGGUUAUGCUGCUGACUUUGAGAUUCAAGAUUCUGUGACUUAUCAAAAUUCUAGCUUAUCAUGUGAUGAUGAAUAAUGGGCUAAAUAUCAUGUGUUGUAGGCCCAGCACUAAAUGUAUGGUUGUUGUGCAUUAUUUUACUCAUUGAAAUUGGAUUUGCAAACAAGUUUAUGUUACAAACAUAAAAUAAAUCUGUUUCAAAAAUAUUCGAACAAUGGAAUAAUUAUAGUUUUUUUUUUUUUUUAUUAAACUGCAUUUCGCAUGAGUUUGUGAACAAAUUGAUUGUGCCAUAAAUACUACACGCAUUCAUCUGAUCAUAUAUCCUAAAGUACUUUGUCGUUAUUAUAUUACGCAUGAAAACUUAAAUAUUUGAAUUAGUUUAUUUAUUA